AUGAGCGAGCCAUUGGUGUCCGGGUCGGGCGACCGCGAGGGCGUCGCGCUUUCGUCGCAGGGCACGGCAACGCAGGACGGCUGGGAGCUGAAAUUGCCCUCGCGUCGCCGGACACCUUCUCCUCCACCGACGGACACGUCCGCCGCCGUCCCCUCGUCCAACCGCGCGCUGCCACGUGGCUCCACGCUGCCCCCGCCGCCGAGCCCAUCGCCGGCCCCCCCGGGCCCGUACGCCGCCGCCCGCGCCCCCGAGCGCCUCCUCGCGCAUCCCCGCGGACCCUGCGCCUCCGCCGCCGCCCGUCCGCCGACCACCCGCGCCUCCACGCCGGACCUCGCCGCCCCGCUCCUCCGCCCGCGCCCCCGUCUCCCCGUCGCGGCCGGCUCAAGCUCGGCCAGAUCCGGGCCGGCGCCGCCCGGAUCCAGCGCCCCCGUCCUCGCCGGCGACCUCCUCCUCAAGAUCCGGUCGCCACCGCUCCAUUCUCCGGUGAGAGCUCCGGCCCCGCCUCGGCCGACUUUUGACGGUCGCGGGCUGGUGCCGCCGGUGCCUACCGGGGCCCCUGCGGCGCCGAAGCCGGUGGAGCUAUCCUCUGACGAGUCCCACGGGGAGGAAGAGGGGGAGGAGGAAGACUCGGAGGUGACCCCCGAAGGGACGGGGGAGACCUCUCCCUUGAGCAAAGCUGACAUCCUCCGCACCCUUCCUAACGACGCUGAGGCCGACGCCCGCCAGGAGAAGGAGAAGCUGCCCGUCAUCCCAACGAGGGGCAGAUCGUCGCUGGUCUCUCGAGAUGAUACUCCCGCCUUGGCGCCGUCUGGAGCUGCUUCCGGCCCCUCUAUUGUGAUGUUUUCUGCUCCCGGAGCCUGCGCGCCCGCACCUCAGGCCUCGAAGCUCUCAGGCUUCAAGCUCACCAAGCGAAGGGCUGCUGCCUUCGGCGAAGAAGAGGAAGGAGGGUGCAGCGCCCACGCCUGGGACCGAACCAUCUGCAGCGGCCACACCCCCCUCCGUGGAGAAAGGAAACGACAGCUCUCGUACUUCUCCGACCCUGUCGCCCUGGCGAAGCCUAGAGGGGCGUUGUCCGGAGGGGUCACCCCCGAGGCCCCGCUGGUUCUGGAAGUGUCGAUGUCUGGUUUGGCUGUUGAGGUUCCAGAGGCUCAGGAGCCCUUGAUCUCCCAAGCCCUGGCGACGACGUCGCCUCUUCCUCCUGCUGCGCCAUUACUCCCAGGUUCUUCCUUCUCCUCUGCUGUCUUGGAGCGUGCCCUUUCAGAGAUGACUCAGUUGCGGGAAGAUCUCCUGGGCGCUGAUCCGCGCCUGGUAGCCGGGUGUCUGGAGCUGGCCUCCGGCUGGCUCCAGUCUGACGCAGCAGUGCGAGCAGCGCUGAGUCAGGCCGCGAUGGUCUCCGAGAAGGAGAAGCGGGCCGCCGCCCAAUCCACGGCCGAUCGCGAGGCGGCGCUGAAGGACACCGAGGCCGCCCAUGACCGAUGCCGGGCGCUGGAGGAUGAACUAAAGAGUCUGCGCGACCUGCACGCAGAAGAAGCUCGUAGCCGCCAGGCGAAGGAGAAGGAGAUGAGGGCUCGGGAGGACACCAUCAAGGACCGCGACGCCGAGCUGGGGGAGUUGGCGAAGGCGCAGACCGCGGAGCGCGGCCGACUGGAGGAGCUGGAGCAGGAGGUGAAGGCGAGGGAGGUCGACCUCGAUGCCAAGGCAAAGGUCCUGGCCGAAGACCACGAGGCCUUCGCGCUUCUCGAGAAGAGGUCCCGCGUGGCGCUAAAGGUGCUUUACGAGAAGGGUCUGGAGAAACCGUUGACCACCGACGAGGAUGGCCCUGCUCAGCUGCUUCCCUACCUGGUUGCCGCGCUUGACGAGGUCGUGGCCGGCAUCGGUCCUAUGGCCGAGGCGGAAGCCCGCGUUCUUUCCUCAGCUGCACCGACGCGUGUCUUCAGUCACCUCCAUCUUCAUGAUCCAACUGCCCGCCUAGACGAGCUGCUGGAGUCUGUGGACGAGGAGCAUUGUGCGGCUGUUGCCGCAGCUGUGAAGGACUAG